CUGCUGGCAGCUCCUUUCUCGAAAGCUUGGCAGGAGAAUGUGAGCUGAGCCAGAGAGAUACUGCAGGCAGGCAGACUCGCACACAUAUAUAUUUCCGGCAGGGGAUCUCAUUUGCUGUGAGUGCUAGAGAAAUCCCGGAUCCGUGCCGGGAGGUGGGGUGCGCGCGUCUGCAAACAUGAGAUUCCAACGGCUCCUUUUGACCUGGUUUUUGCUCCUGGCUGGGGUGCUCCUUACCGACGGACAGAGAGCAAGUAACCUGGCCGCAAGACGAAAGCAGCACAAGAAUCACUGUUCCCACCGGAGAUGCAUGCCCCUGCAUUCCAGAGUGCCCUUCCCAUGAGUUCUUACCAACUGCUGAGGAAUGAAGUGGAUAAAUCCAAAUGACAACAUUUGAUAGCGGCACUGUUGUUAUCUAUGCAGGUGUCCCAUAAGCCAUCAUCAGGAAACAGUCAACAACCUUCUUAUAAGCCUGUUGGAACAAGCUUCACAGGGGUUUAGGAUUUCACCAAAGGAGAAAACAAUGAAGAACAAAGUGAUCCUGUCUGGGAACUUUGGAAAAUCAUCAGUGCAAUACGAUAGCCAUUAUUCCCUACAUGUCAACACAGCCAGGAAGCAAAUGUUACAAUAUUAGAACAGUUAUGGGGUCAUUUAAAGAACUAUUGGUGUAUUAAGUGUUUAUUACUUAACCAUUCACAUGUCUCUAUAUCUUUAAUACCCAGCUAAGAAUAUGCAAGAAUUAAGCAACUGUUCCAUAAAUAUGAUUGGUUAAUAUUUAUAUUAAAAAAGUGUAUUGGUGUUUAAAGCCACAGUUAUUCAAUCAACUCUCCCAUUUUUCUCAAGACUGAGACAGCUAUUGAUGUUGGUAGUGCAUUCUUGUUUUGGGUGGAAAAUUCUUAAAUACUAAUUAACCCUAACUGGAAAGACUUAAGGGUAUGUUUGAACUUUACUGUGGAGUUCCACUCAUGUCAGUGGAAAUAUACCAGGUAGAGCUAUGCUGAUAACCCUUUGCAGGAUCAGGGUCUUAACAAAUCAGUCUUCCUUAAAAUAUUCUUGGUUGUCUUUAUACUAAUGUUAACAUGUUUAAAGCCACUGUAGAGCGUAUGUUGAGAUUAUUUCUUUAAAGCAUGUUUGUAACUGUAUAUGUUGUAAAAAUUAUACUUCAAAUAGCAUUGUCAUUUUAAAUCUUUGUACAAUUUUUUUUUUAAUUUUUGUAUUCUGUACAAAACAUGGGAAUAACCCACAUCCAAAGACAUAUGAAAUAUUUGCUUAAUCUGUUUAUAAAUUUCAUAAGGGAUCAAUGUAAACUUUAAUAAUCUAUAUAGCUAAAUAAAAUAUAGCAUAA